GGAGUCCAGGGGCACACUGGGCAGCCGGGCCCUCUCACACGACAGUAUUUUCUUUCCUGAAUCGGGACAGGACCCUGCUCGACCCGUGCGAGUGUUUUCUCAAGAAAAUGUGUGUGACCGGAUUAAGGCUUUGCAGAUGAAAAUCCAGUGUAAUGUGAAAAUGGGGCCACCACCUCCGGGGGGCCUUCCUAUCAAGCGGGCAGAGGACACCGGCAUGAGCUCUGAAGACGAUGGGCUACCCCGGAGCCCCCCAGAGAUGUCUCUGAUGCACGACGUAGGUCCCAGCACAACCAUCAAGAUCUCUUUAGUAUCCUCAUCUCGAUCACAGUCUCCUGACCACACAAGCGAUGUUACCAUCUCCUCUCGGUCCUUGGAUGGCAACCUGGCACCUGUGGCUGACUUCAGCCACCCUCCGGAAUUCUCCUCCUGCCUGGACAACUCUGCAGCUAAGCACAAGCUCUUGGUUAAACCACGAAGGCAGCGGUCAACUACAAUGAGGCGACUGUCUUCGAGGGCACAGUCUGAAUCGCUGAGCGAUCUGACAUGCACCCCAGAGGAAGAAGAAAAUGAAAAGAAGCCAUUGCCCCAAGUCAGCACAGGAGAGAACACCAGCUCUGGGCAGCAGGAUUUGAUGCUGGACAGACAGCCUGAGACUGGGGGACCUGCCACCUUGCUGCCCCCUGGAGGGGCCCGUGCCAGACGAGCCCGCCUACAGCACAGCCCAGCACUCAGUGCCAGCAUGGAAGAGGGGGCCUCCCCUGGAGAUGAGCCCUCAAGUCGCCCAGCCACACCAGAUGUCACUGAGUCCAGGGCAGUCUCAGCCCCUCACUUGGAGUCCUCACCUCUGCCAGAAGGGUCCCCAUACCACGUACCCCACAGUGAAGUCCAGAAGGAAGAGCUGUCCAUCCCAUAUCUCCAGGUAGAGGGUACAGCUGAGGAGGUUUGUAUUUCUGGAGAUGUGGAAACUCCAUUAUCUACUGAUGUCCCCGAGAGGCACAUGGCACCUUCCCAAGAGGACACAGCACCUUCUGAGGAGGACAUAGUACCUUCCAAAGAGGACAUCAUGCCUCCCAAGAGAGACAUGACACCUCCCAGGGAGGACACACCACCUCCCAAGAUGGACAUGGCACCUCCCAAAGAGGACACAACACCUCCCAAGAUGGACAUGGCACCUCCCAAAGAGGACACAACAUCUCCCAGGAUGGACAUGGCACCUCCCAGGGAGGACACAACACCUCCCAAGAUGGACAUGGCACCUCCCAAAGAGGACACAACAUCUCCCAGGAUGGACAUGGCACCUCCCAGGGAGGACACAACACCUCCCAAGAUGGACAUGGCACCUCCCAAAGAGGACACACUUCCCAAGAUGGACAUGGCACCUCCCAGGGAGGACACACCACCUCUCAAGAUGGACAUGGCACCUCCCAAAGGGGACACACCACCUCUCAAGGGGGAUAUGGUACCUCCCAGGGAGGACACAACACCUCCCAAGAUGGACAUAGCAUCUCAUGAGGGGGACACAACAUCUCCCAAAAUGGAUACACCACCUCCAAGGAGGGACACGGCAUCUCCUGAGACUGUCACUGUCACCACGUUGGAGACAACCUCAGAUCCAGAGGGACAGGACCAAAAUUUCCAGAAGGAGGAGGAGCUGACCCUGGUGGUGCCCAGGCCUGAGGGAGCAGGGACAGAGUCCUCCACUGCUCUGGCACGGAGUCCUCCAGGGCCCAAGAGCUGCCUGAAGCACAGGGCCGCAACCGUGGACACUGCCCCUGGUGCGGCCCCUGUGGAGUCGCCUCAGGGGGAGCCCAGCCCUGGUGCCCAGGGCAGAGCUGCGGUGCCCUCGCUGCGCCCCAGACCUGCCCAUGCUUCGGCGCAGCAUGGGGGUCCUGAGAGGGCUGCCCUGGGGCGGAAGAGCGACCGGGGAAGCGAGCAGCGCAGCGUCAAGAAGUUCUCAGUGACCUCGUGCAGGGCGCGCUCCCGUGGAGGCAGCUCCCGGCCUCUGGAACAUUCUGGGCGUGCACCUGCGGUGGGUCGUAUGCCCCUGCUGAAGAGUGGCCCGGCCUGGAAAAGCGAAGCCGCUCUCGAUGACCUCCAGGUGCUGCCAGAGCCCCAGGACCAGAAGGCAGAAGGCAACCCUCGGGACUCAGGGGACAUGGGGACUAGCCAGGCAGGACCAGGCAGGAGCCCCCAGAAUGUGGAGCCAGGGGCUGCUGUGCAGGAACCAGCCCCAGAGGAGGACCUCAACCCCUUCCCAGUCAAGCUGCGGUCCACCUCGCUCUCACUCAAGUAUAGGGAUGGUGCUGCACAGGAGGCCAAAGCCGUCAAGAGGUACAGUGCCGAAGUCAGGCUGGAGAGGGGCAGCCUGGCUCUGCUCCCCAAGGAUGAGCAGAGUCUCGUCGGGGCUACCCCCAUCCUGAGAGGCGCCAGGUCUCCCAACGGGCAAGGAAAAGGGAAGGCCAGGUCUCCUGAACAACCCGGCGCCAAACCACCCCUGCCCAGGAAGCCACUUCUGCAGAGCCUCACCCUCCAGUACCCACCUGUGGGCCUGGACGCCAGUCCCGGAGAGCCUGAGAAGGUCAUCCCAGUCAUCUUACCCCCUGAGCCCAGGAAGGAGAAGUCACCACACCGGGCAGCUGAAAAGGGUCAGCCUCCUGCUACAGAGAGUCCUGGGGCCGAUGGGCAGCCCACACCACCCUGGAUCACCAUGGCCCGGCAGAAGCGGCGAGGGACCCCAGACCAGCCUCCCAACCAGGAAGACAAGCCUGGGUCACGGAUUCUGAAGACGGAAGCUGGAAAGCAAGCCAAGGAGCCCUUGAAGCAGGCUGACUUUGUCCGCAGCAAGUCUUUCCUGAUGACCCCUGCUAAGCCUGCUGUGACUCAGAGGCAGGGGUCAAAGCUCAGCCUCAAGGAAGGGCUGCAGAGAGGAAUCUCACUGUCCCAUCAGAACUUGGCAGCUCAGGCUGCAGGGAUGACAGAGAAGGAGUUGCAUCAGCUGAAGAGAGCCAGUUACACCAGUACAGAUCAGCCAUCCUGGAUGGAACUUGCCAGAAAGAAAUCUCAAGCUUGGAGCGACAUGCCCCAAAUCAUAAAAUAGAUUGGCAGCUUGCUGAUGAAGAAUGGCCACUGUGUUGACAGGCCACUUAGUUUAAAACUGCCAAUAAAUCAUGGCAAACAGACUGUGAAACUUAAGAUUGAUUUUAUCAUCAAGUUAUGAUGAGCUCCAGGAAGAGAAAUGAACCAGGCAAAACAAAGACAAACAGCAGCAAUCCUGGACCAGAGGGGCCCCAGCAAAAACAACACCGAAAAAGUCCAGGAACGAGUUUCUGUGCUGUAGUGCGAAUGUGAGCCUUUUCAAAUCCCUUUGGCAAAGAGGCCCUAGACAGGGCCCAGAAUGGAAAUGAAAAGGGGCUGUGUAUGUCAGAUGCCCUGCAAGAGCCUCCAAGGAGCCUCCCAGGAGCCCUGGGAUCUGCACUGUCACUCGCCAUCAGCCUGUGUCUCUGGCCACUGUCUUGCUGUGGACCUUGUCUUCUCUGUGUUUACUUCUAGGCAUGACAUUGAUAGUAAAAACAAGGGCGUGGUUUCCGAGAACAGCUACUAAACACUCAGAUGAUCUGAAGAUAGCUGCUCUGAGGAGAGGAAGGAUCGUGGCAGGGUUUGUCAAUUCAUAGACUGUUUCCAAAAACUAAUUUUUCAACUUUUCCACUAGGCAUCUGUGUCCUGAACCAUUGCACAGUGCAUUGCCUGUUUAAUAAAAGGUUUCAAACA